AUUUUCCACGUCAAGUGUCAUUAGCCUGAAUUGUUGAGAUUGUAGUAAAUACAGUUGAGAAUCAAGAAAAGUAUAUAAAUGAUCGAAACAAAGGAGUAAACCCUUUAGUUUACAAUACAAGCACGUAUCAUGCAUUACAUACAGCAAAUUUUUAUUUGUGCUACGCUUUGCUUAGCAAUUUUAGAUCAUGGAAGUCGAGCGGAAAAUGCAGGUUCUGGUAAGCCAAUUAGAAAUGAUUCAAGCCAUCUAAUAAGUACGGUUGGUAACAUUUUGACACCACUUUUAUUGAAACAAGUUGAGAGACGUUUAUUAAAUCAUACUGCAUUGAGUGAUGGGGUGAUAUCCAUUGAAAAACUUGAUUCAUCAACUCCUAUAAAUAUCGAUACUAUUACACCAAAUUUUGAACUGAAGGAAAAUGUUAAAUCUUCUAAUUCACCAAUGAGAAAAUUCAAAUCUACAACAGUACCAACAACUAUACUUAUUCCAGCUGAUCGAGAAAAAAUAGAACCUAAAUCGAAAAUUAAUGUAGAUAAACUAGAAUUAGAUUCUGCAAGAGCACAACAACGACAACUAGAGAAUCAAUUCCCUUUUGAUUUUCGCAAUCACUUCAACAUAGGGUUUCCAGGUGUUGGACGACAAUCAAAUGAAGGAAUUUUUAGAAAUGGUGAUUCAUUUACAUCAAAUCAAUUUCCUUUUUUGACAUCAUUAGAUCGACAAAAGUCGAACGAUAAUAUACUUGGAAUUCAAGCAAUUAGCGGUUCACAAAUUCCUGGAAGGAAUUUAAUUUUCAAUGAUUCUAAUCAACCUCUUAAUUCUCACAUUUUGCCUCUAGAUCUUAAUAGAUUCCAGAAUUUUGAUAGAUUUAGGUACGAUGGAAGAUAUUCUGAUUCAAAUCAAUUUUUUGAUCCAAGUUUUAGAACAGACAGUGGCUCGAAGAGCAAAUUCGGAGAUGAAACUGGUUCCAGAGUUGGCAUAGAAAGUGAUAUUGUUCGACAAGCGGAUCGAUAUAAUAAUUUUGCUGGUCAACUAUAUCCACAAAAUGAUUUUCCACUAUAUUAUCGUCAAAAUUUAAGAAAUAAUUUUCCAAAUUCACCAAUAAAUAAUCAAGCAAUUGAUACAGUUAUCAACAAUCAACCAAUUACUUCUCCAAUUAAUAAUCAAAGAGUACCAAUUGGAUUACCUUUUAGAUCCUAUGCAAAUCCUUCUUUUCCUACUUCGAAUAUUAAUGAAAAUAUUGAUUCUUUUUCACAAAGAUUUCAGAAUAAUUUUCCUGAUAACAGAAAUUCUCAGCAAGGAUUUAAUUAUCCCCCAGUGUCUCCACAAUUAUACUUUCCUGAUAUUCCCGGUAGUCAGGUGUCCCCUGGCUCUAAAACUUUAAUAGAUUCUCAAAAUUCCAAUAACAAUAAUGGUAAUAAUAGUGGAGUGACACAAUCAUCACUUAUUUCAUCAAGAAGAUCAGAGGAUUCUCUUACAAAGCCGACUAAUAAUAUCGAACAAAUUACGACAAAAAUUCCUGGUGUUGAAAGUCUUCAAGAUCGUAUUGAACUUGAAAAAUUAUUUUUCCCUCAACAAGAUGACUAUUCAGAUAUCCGUGUUAGUCCUGAUUUUUUUAAGCAGCAUAUUCUUAAAUCUGAAAUUCUUGAAAAAUAUGCCAAAACAAAUGUCAUUUAAAUUUUAAAAAUAAUUUAUUUUUAUAUUUUUGUCACAUUAACA